GCUCCCUCCGCGCUGGGGCCCGCCCGCGGGGCCGGCCGCCUGUCAGAGGGAGGUGGCGAUGGUGCGCCCGGUGGCGGCGGCGCCUGAGGCGGCUCUCUCGGUCGGUUUGCAGGGAGAGGAUGCCUGACCAACCGACUGGCUGAAUGAAUGAAUGGCGGAGCCGAGCGCGCCAUGAGGAGCCUGCGGAGCCUUUGCGGCCUCGCCCUGCUGUGCUGCGCCGCCGCCGCCGCCACCGCCUCAGCAGCCUCGGUGGGGAAUGUCACCGGUGGCGGAGGGGCCGACGGGCAGGUGGACGCGUCGCCGGGCCCGGAGCUGCGGGGCGCUCCCAGCCAGCCCUUCCCUGAGGCGACGGCUCCCACGGCGCAGGCCCCGACGACCGGCCCUCCGCGCAGUCCCCUGGCCGCGACGACCUCCUCAGCCCAGUCUCCCGAGACCACCCCUCUUCGGACGACCUCCGGAGCCGCUUCCACCACUUCCGAGGCGCCCGUCAGCCCCUCGCGCCGGACCACCACCGCCUGGGCGGGCGAUCGCACUCCGACCACCCCUCGGGAGCCCACCAGACCCGCGCCCACCACCUUCUCUGCGAUCACGAGCCCGGCGCCGACCACCCCCAUAGCGCCCACGAGCCCGGCGCCCACCGCUUCCCGGACCCUGACCCCCGCUCUCCCCAACAGCAGCAGCAGCAGCAGCAGCAGCGUCCCACCCACCCCACCUGCCACCGAGGCCACCUCUCCACCUCCCCCAGAGUAUGAGUGUAACUGCUCUAGGACUGGAAGCGUGGAUGAGGAUCUCUGCAACCAGACCACAGGGCAGUGCACCUGUCUGCCGGGGUAUCAGGGGCUUCACUGUGAAACCUGCCAAGAAGGCUUCUACCUGAACCACACCUCUGGGCUCUGCCUGCCCUGUUACUGUAAUCCGCGGGGAGCACUAGGCAGAUUCUGCAACAGCUCUGGGAAUUGCCAGUGCAAAGUGGGUGUCACCGGCUCUACAUGUAACCGAUGCCAAGAUGGAUAUUACAAUUUUAGUAAGGAUGGCUGUUCACCCUGUCAGUGCAGUAACCGGUCUACCAGCUGCCAUGUCUCCACAGGUGUAUGUUUUAACUGCCAGGAGAACAGUCGAGGGGAUCAGUGUGAAGAAUGCGCAGAAGGAUUUUAUCAGAGUCCUAAUGCCACCGCAGGCUGUCUUCGCUGCCCUUGCUCUGCAGUAACAUCCACAGGAAUCUGCACCAUAAAAUUAGGUGAAUCAGAACCUAAAUGUAGCCAGUGUAAAGAUGGUUACACAGGCCCAAACUGCAAUCAGUGUGAAAAUGGCUAUUACAAUUCUGACAGCAUCUGUGUGAAAUGCCAGUGCCAUGGCCACGUGGACCCAAUUAAAACUCCAAAGAUUUGCAAGCCCGAGAGUGGUGAGUGCAUCAACUGUCUCCAUAAUACCACGGGAUUUUGGUGUGAGAACUGCCUGGAAGGUUAUGUUCAAGACCUCGAGGGAAACUGCAUCAAGAAAGCGGUUAUUGUUCCAACACCUGAAGCUUCUACCAUUUUGGUUUCCAAUGCCUCUUUGACCACAUCAGUGCCCACCCCUGUUCUAAACAGUACCUUUACCCCCACAACCCUGCAGACUAUCUUUUCAGUAAGCUCUUCUGAAAACAGCACUUCAGCUUUAGCUGAUGUAUCAUGGACUCAGUUUAACAUCAUCAUUUUGACAGUCAUCAUCAUCGUGGUGGUGCUGCUGAUGGGAUUUGUAGGGGCUGUGUACAUGUACCGGGAGUACCAAAAUCGGAAACUCAAUGCCCCCUUUUGGACCAUCGAGCUGAAAGAAGACAAUAUCAGUUUCAGCAGCUACCAUGACAGCAUUCCCAAUGCAGAUGUAUCGGGACUAUUGGAAGAUGAUGGCAAUGAGGUAGCUCCCAAUGGGCAACUGACCCUGACGACACCCAUCCAUAACUACAAAGCCUGACAAACUGGAACUGUCCUCCUGGAUUGUAAACCACAGUGCUUACUAAGACUGCGUCAGCCUCUGACCAGACCGAGCCUGGGUAGAAUUCACUGAGAAGGCAAAGGCAGAUCUGAUCUGCUCAGAUACAAAUCCUAAUGCACUUAGCCUAUCUAUUGCUCUUGGUUUACCCAUGAAAUCUGAAGCAUUCAUCAUCAUGAAGGAUUCGAAGCAAAGUAUAUUUUUGUACUAAAUCACGUGGGAACAUGGAAAGGCUGAAUCAAACUGUGCAGGCCCCAGUCCGCUUUAACCCUCAAGGAGACUCUUGGAGAAAUGUUCACCAAACCAAAAGUACCAGGAUGAUGAAUGUGAGGAGGGAAAGGAGUGCUGCAAGGCUUCGUCUCCCUUCCCAAAACUUGCUUUUUCUCUUUUUUUAAGGAAACAAAAAGGAGGAUCAGGGAUUAAGUUUAUUUUGCUGUACAACAACACUUCAUUGAGAAAAAGCUGGAGUCUCAGCUGUAUUACUAUAAACAAUCUUGAUUGUUCUGGAAUGGGGCAGAAUAGUCCCAAGAAGAUUUUUAGAAGGGCUUGAUUUUUUUCUCCCAGGUUUCAUGCUCUGGUGGGGAGAUUGAAGCACAGGAUGAGCUAAAGGCAGAGAGCAUAGGCAAGGAUGGGGAGCAGGAAGCUAGUGGUCCUCCUCAGGGUGUCCGUGUGAAUGGCAGAUUGUCUGAACAUAAGGAGUAUUCCUGCUUCUAGAGUAAGAUGUAUAUAAUUAAUGUAGGAUAUCUGGUCAACAUUGUAUUUGUAUCUAUUUGUAAAAAAAAUCAUGUCAUAUUUUAUCAUCUAGAAUUUAUUUGUACAGCGUUUAAUGGCAUUGUAAAAAAGAAAACGGGGAGUGGUUAAAAUACUGUAAAAUAGACAGCAGUGUUGCUAGAGCUGGGACUCUGGGAACAUCACUCAUGUUUAGUCCCUCUUUGGACAUUGUUGGAACUUCUAAGAGUUAAAUGUUUCCAAUCUUUCUUUUCUCAGUCUAAAAGUAGAGUUAUAUGCUCUUUGACUUGCUGUUAGAUUCAAGCAAUAGAUUUUGAAGUCAAAACUUGUAAGCUAGGACACAAGCUGCGUUCUCAAAAAUGCCCAUCUAAGUUAACUCUAGCCACUCCAUAGAUUUUAUACAAUUGAUAAGCAACCAUAUUCUCAUUAAAAGGUGGUUUUUUUUAACCCCUGAAUGUAAAAGAUAGUCUUCCAAAGGAUAGAAAUAUUUCAGUUCCAAAAGAAAAGCCAUCCCACCACUUGGGGGUCCCUAGUUUUCAUUCUUGUGAAAUAUUUUAUCCCUCAUCAAAACUAAAAAACUUCCUCUUCUUUGAAUAUAGCUUGUCACUCCCUUGCCAUGAUGUUUGUGCGGCUUCUCAUCCAGCUAGGGCAGCUCCACAGUUGAGAGUGUGUGGUUGGUCUUCGCUAUCCUCAGCUCCUGUGAGGCUGACAGGUUGCGGAUUAGGUGAGCCAGCCAAGGGGGCCCGAAGUCCAAUGCAGAUAUUUAUUAAGAGGAACAGCAAGCUGUGAAAUGGUUAGGAAACAGUAGACUCCUUGUUAGCUUAGACUUAGAAAAUCCAAGGUGACCCUUUUGCCUAACUUCCUUAGAGAAAAACCUGGGCUUUGGGAGACUCCUACAGUGCUCUCAGGAUUUGGAGGUGAUGCUGUGGAAAUGUGUAGGCGAGGGCUCUAAGGUGACCCGAGCAUGCCCUGCCAUCAUUCAUGAAAUUAGAGAUUGCAUGACAUUAGAAUCAUUCAGUGUUUCUGUCACUGUUUGUAGCUUGCAAAGGACUUUCCCAUGUGUGUCCUUUGUUCCUCACCAUGGCCCCCAAGGAAGGAAUUAUCAUCUCCAUUUGACAGACAAGAAGGCUGAGGCACAAAGGUGCUAAAUGUCUUGUUCGAAACCAAAUACAGCAUGUGGCAUUAGUGGGCUUGAGAUCGAGACUCCUGACUCAGAUGCUUAUGUACAGUAACACAUAAAUUGCCUGGCUGGGUACCUAAGACAGUUGGGAGAAGAGUCCUAUUUGUGGAUGUUUCUAGAUUUUAAAAACUAAAUACCAUGUUCCAGGCCAUUUAGCUACUGGAAAGACUUUGUGGAAAGAACCACAGAAUAGUACUACAGAGAGUACAAGUUCGAAACCUGCCCAUUUAUGCUUUAUUAAACUGACCUACUCCCUCCAAGCUGCUUGUGCCUGCACAGACUGCGCCAAGUGGUAGAUCCACCUUCCUCCCUGACACUCAGUUCAGCCCCUGCCAGAAAACAGGAUUGAGGAUGGUGAGAGGCAAACAUUUGCUGAAAGGAGCUAGCUCAAU